CAAUCUCCUCGUGUUUGCUGUGACGUUGCGUUUUGCCAUCUUAAUCCUCCUCUUGGUACCCGGCCAUGUUGCCGAGGUACAGCCUGAGCCAGAGGCUGGGUGCUUGUUGCAGAGCGCCCAAGGGCAGCUCCUGGUUUUGGAGGCGGCCCAGACAAACCCCACAGCGGCCAGCCCGCUCCUUGCAUUUGUGCUGUGGAAACUGGAUCCCAAACACUCAAUGUCAACUUUUUACAGUGCGCGUCUGACUGUUCUGGGUUCCCGGCCUUCGAGUACAAGACAUACAAACCAAGUUUCCUUGGCAACACGGCGGUGUGCACUUGCUGCGGGGCCAGCGCGCAAUUGUGGAGGGAGGGGCAAAACGGACAAGAUCAGAACGUCUUGACCACUAGAUCCGUCUAUGCCUGCUGUAGAUAGUGGAACUGUGUAUGGCGAUCCACAUAUUAGAACCUUGGAUGGAAGGCACCUGUCCGGGUUGGAGAUCGAGUUUUACUCGGAAGCCUCAGGCUUGGUGAAGAAAGUGCCAGUGGAUUGGCAAAUUAUUUAUACACGCUACUCCGCACAUCAAGCCUUCACCAAGGGGGGUGCUACUGGUGGACAGAUCUGGAGGAUCUGCGUGACAGGUUCUCGAGAUCACUUCAGAAGAGUGCAAGUGGCGAGCCAGAAAGCAAGGUGGAGAGCGGACAGCUGUGAAAAACGAAGAAACCGUUUCAGUUCCAGACGGGAAGGAUUAUUUGUCAGGAUUCCAUGUCUCCAGGAUGGUUGCUCCAAAUGGACACAAAGCAUGUCCAUCUCAAUCUGAACACCAAGGGCGGCAAGGCAGACAACACCACAAUAUCAACCUCAAGUUUGUGAUGAAGCAGAGGGGCGACCUUCGCUUUGUGGAUGGUGAACUCAGAGUGGCACGGGCCUUCAGUACCCUCCAGACCUCCUCUGACUCAGAGUUUGCCAUCCAGAGCAUGUGGCAGGAUUUGGGAGGAAGCAAAGAAGCAGCAGCCUACUUGGACAUGGACCAGCUUGAUAACACACCUGCUGCAUUUUGGAUGACUUGCAACGAAGAACAGGAGGGUAAGGCCAAGAAGCGCUGCUCCAAACACUUGGGAGCAGAGAUGGCAAAUGGGAAUGCUGAGGAUUCUACUUUCUUUGAGGACUGCGUGUACGACGUUUGCCACGGAGCUGGUGAGGCUGCUGCAGAACUCGCAGCAGAGCUCCUUGCAUCCACCCGAGCUGUUUGAAAACCAGCCACUGAAAGCAUGCUGACACUGCCACAUUGAGGCUCCGGAGUUUGCUGACAUAUCAUGAUAUAAUAUAUCCACUUGAUAUUUGCAGCUGUGUCGACACACUCAGAGGCAGAGUAAAA